CCUCCUCCUUCCCUCCCCCUUUUUUCUUUCUCUUUCUUCCUUCUCUUCUUUCCUUCCUUCCCAAUACCACCUGUUAAAAUAGCAACCAGGCAAGCGGCUCUCCUUCCGCGCUAGAGGGCGCCGGAGCGGGCUGGGUUAUCGGGCGGAGGAAAGGCGGAGCUCCGGGAGAAAGAGGCGGGCGGGAGCCCAGAGGCCUAGGCUGCUGAAAUGAGUGAUGGUGAUGAUGAUGUUCCUCAGCUUUCAUCUGAAGCUUUAACUGCUCUGCAGGAGUUCUAUGCCGAGCAACAGCAGAGAGAAGCUAAGACUACUGAUAAAACUCACAGUUAUUCAGUUGGCUCUAUUGAAGAGGACUGGCAACUGAGCCAGUUUUGGUAUGAUCCUGAGACAGCAUUUUGUUUAGCUAAUGAGGCCAUAAGAGCAGCUGGGAAAGGUGGCAGGAUAGCUUGUGUCAGUGCCCCGAGUGUUUAUCAGAAACUGAAAGAGCAGGAUUGCCAAGGUUUUUCAACCUGCAUUUUGGAAUAUGACCAGAGAUUUUCUGUGUAUGGAACCGAGUAUAUUUUCUACGAUUACAACAGCCCUUUGAAACUUCCAACCCACCUUGAAGCACAUAGUUUUGAUAUUGUCUUAGCAGACCCACCCUACCUGUCUGAAGAAUGUCUCCAAAAAAUAGCAGAAACCAUCAAAUACUUAACUAAAGGAAAGAUUCUGCUCUGCACAGGUUUAAUCAUGGAAGAAUAUGCGGCUAAAUAUCUUGGUGUGAAAAUGUGCAAGUUUAUUCCAAAACAUGCUCGAAAUUUAGCUAAUGAAUUUCGAUGCUAUGUGAAUUAUGAUUCUGGACUGGAUUUGGAUUCUCUCUCUUGAUAACCCAAUAAACAUCAAUAGGAUUUUUCAAACUUUAAUAAUUUUUCCUUUUCUGACAUGAUGUAUUCGUCAACAUUUUUUGUUUCUCAUUACAUUUCAGCUGAUAUGAAUUCCUUUGUAAGGGAGAUAGGCAAUUUUGAAAUUUGAUAAAAAAUAUUUUCUGUUUGCUUUUUUACCAAAAAGUAGAAGGAAUUGCUAUUAUCCAUAAUUAGUGUAUAGUGUUGGUUUCAAUUAUUUAAGAUACCUGUAUUGGAUUGUACAGAGUCUGAAAUAGAGAAGGGAUAAUAAUUAUUUCAAUAUAUUAAAUUUCCUCACACUUGUUUUCAAGAAGUUCAAUGAAUAUUGCUGUUUUCAAGCAUAAAAGACCAU